AUGUUACCCCUCGGUCUCUUGAACGCCGCCCAAGGGCACCCUAUGCUCGUCGAGCUGAAGAACGGCGAAACACUCAAUGGCCACCUGGUCAUGUGCGAUACCUGGAUGAACCUCACAUUGAAAGAGGUUGUUCAAACGAGUCCGGAAGGCGACAAGUUCGUCAAGAUACCCGAAGUCUACGUCAAAGGAAACAACAUCAAAUACCUACGAGUACCCGACGACAUCAUUGACGUUGUGAAGGAGAACCAACAGAACCAGCAAGGAGGAUUCCGCGGUGGCAGAGGUGGAUCGAGAGGAGACCAUGGCGGCCGCGGAGGUGACAGAGGUCGGGGCAGAGGCCAGGGCCGUGGAGGCAGAGGAAGAGGUAACCGUGGUGGUGGUGGCGGUGGUGGUGGGCAAUGA